AUGUCCAGCAUUAGUGAGGACCUGCACCCCCAAGAAUAUAAGUCAAAUGCACCGAGCCCAGGAGUACAGAGCUGUGAGGAAAGGUCUAACGGCGCCUCAUGCGAGGCUCUCAAGCAUUGCAACUGGUGUGAAGACUUGGACUUUCCCAUCUGUAAAGAGACUUGUUUUAAAACACACACCGUGGCAAGCGCAGAAGAGACUGGAACGGAAGUUCACAUAAGGGGCGAGCGUAGUGCAACAGGCGACCCACUCUGUGCUGGGGGCAACGUGGACUGCAAUAGUGUACCACCUGGCCAGUAUCCAGACAUGAUUGACUGUUCCGGGUUUUACGAGUGCCCGGACACGACACGAGGACGCCCCGGGCUUCAGCAGUGCCCCGAAUCAAUGUACUUCGAUUGGGACCUUUUGACGUGCAUGGACCUAACGCCAAUAUGUGUUGUUCUACAGUGCCCGCCGGCCCCAGGUAAUGUAACGAUGGUUCCUCCCGGUCCGUACUACCCCCAGGACGCCGUACGGUUCACCUGUGACCAGGGAUAUGAGCCGGACGGGGCCGCCAGUGCGACGUGUCGAGAUAACCAAACAUGGAAUAGAGAUGAAUGUGCGGAUGCGACCCACACCUGUGACCCCAAAGCCUCCUGUACCAACACGAUUGGUAGUUACGUCUGUGAUUGUAACGUACCCGGCUACAGCGGCGACGGCUUUGUCUGUACGGGUAAGAAACCAAUUCUCGGAGUUCUUCUUGAUGCAUAA